AUUUGGGCGGUCUUGGUGAAAAAGAAGCAACUGGAGAGGACAAUUCGAUCCCAUGGCGGAGGGUUCUCAGAAACCACAAGAGGAGCCAUGGAGAGUCCUCGAAUUCUACAGUGGCAUUGGUGGCAUGAGGUACUCGCUGAUGAAGGCGGGCGUGAAUGCGAAAGUAGUGGAAGCCUUCGAUAUAAAUGACAAAGCCAACGAUGUUUACGAGCACAACUUUGGUCACCGUCCCCAUCAGGGUAAUAUUCAGAGCCUGACAGCUGCUGAUCUCGACAGCUAUGGGGCUCAUGCGUGGCUUCUUUCUCCUCCCUGCCAACCUUACACUCGGCAAGGUCUCCAGAAGCACUCCGGUGAUGCUAGGGCAUUGUCUUUUCUCAAGAUUCUUGAACUUAUACCACAUACGUCACAGCCUCCAAGUAUGUUAUUUGUGGAAAAUGUCGUUGGAUUUGAGACAUCUGAUACACACACGAAAAUGAUUGAUAUAUUGGCAAAAACAAACUUUGUUGUACAGGAGUUCAUAUUGAGCCCUUUACAAUUUGGCAUCCCAUAUUCCAGGCCACGUUAUUUUUGCCUGGCAAAAAGGAAACCUUCAUCUUUUCAAAAUCAACUCCUCAAUAACAGGCUACUUUGGUCCCCAAGCCCAUUGUUUGGGCAUGAUGAUAACACUGUGGCCAUUGAACAUGAUCAAUCACAAGAGAGCUGUGACGAAUUGCUCCAGUCAUGUGAGCCAGUAGAGAAAUUUCUUGAAUUCAAGAAUCAUAGUGACCAAAUGGAUACUGAAUCUGGUUUGCUGGACACCACCAUUGUUCCUAUAGAUGCUUAUGGAGCUCUGGAGAAAAAUGAUAAUGCGAAUGGUCGUAAUGAUAUUUCUUUAAACCAGUACCUUGUUCCAUUAAGCUUGAUAGAGCGGUGGGGAAGCGCUAUGGAUAUUGUAUAUCCUGAUUCAAAGCGUUGCUGUUGUUUUACUAAAAGUUAUUAUCGGUAUGUGAAGGGGACUGGCUCACUUUUGGCUACUGUCCAGCCAAAGAAGAAAGGCAAAUCAUCUUCAUUGAAGGAGCAGUGCCUUAGAUUUUUUACUCCUAGGGAGGUUGCUAAUCUACAUUCUUUUCCGGAAGACUUUCACUUCCCGCAGCACAUAAGCCUUCGACAACGGUAUGCAUUGCUGGGUAACAGUUUAAGUAUAGCAGUGGUUGCUCCCGUACUCCGAUAUUUAUUUGCAGAGCCAUCUGUUCAAAUCAUGCAGAUUUUUCCUUCCAAUGGUGCAUAUACCCAUAUCUAAUUUCUAGCCUUGUGAUGAGAUCAACUUGAUAAUUAAAUAUUGCCAUAAGUUUUGAAUUAUUAGGACCUAGGUAUCACCCUAACUUUUAUCCAAUCUCUCCUCUCUCAAUGACUAGGAGGCUCAAAAGUCUACUAAUCAUUCAUGAUAUUGCCAAUUUGCCGGUGUUCCAAGACAAACAAAUGUUGACAGGUUGCAAAUG